UAACUGUCUAUCACCGGCAAAAUUUGAAAAUUUUAAAUAAAAUUAAAAUGAAGCAAGUUUCUGUAAGACAGCUAGAACUUUUGGUAGAUUUUAUGGAGAAACAUAGAAUGUUGGCACUGGGACGGGUCCGAGGCAAAGAAGGGCAUAUUUUGUCCACUAAAUUGUGGACCGAGCUAGCGGCAAUAUUGAACAGCGAAACAGCAGACCCUUCCAUGUACAGGUCAGCGAAAGAAUGGAAUAAAUUUUAUAAUGACUAUAAAUGUCGAAUAAAAAACAAAUUUCGUAAAAUCGGACGAAACCAAAGGAAAACAGGUGGUGGACCUUCAGAAGCUCAGCCGUUAUCGGAACUGGAAGAAAGACUUUGUUCCAUAUUAGGGAACAAAUUUGACGGCCUUCCAGUCCGACAAAAUCCCAUACCCACCUCAGAAACUGAGGAUAUAAUUAUUCCAUUAGAUCACACAAAUAUUACAGGAGAUUCUCACAUUAAUUUUGAUGUGGAGACUUUAGAAAUUAUGGACAGUGAGACUCCAUUAAGAGUUGAGAAUGAGAAUACUACAAUUGAUGACAUCCAGCCAUCAACUUCUUCAAGUUUUAAUGUGCCUGUAGACAAAGCUAAAACUGAAACAUUAAAUAGUAAUAGGAGUUUCCGCAAUAAUAUAAAAAAGGGUAAAAGCCAGAGAAUAUCUGGGAGGGACCCUAAAGAUACAGAAGUAGAAAAGGCGAAAACUGUUUUAGCCAAUUUAGAAAAAGCUCGACUAGAAUUAAACAAGUCACAAAUACAGGUCCAGCUUGAGCGAAAUGAAAUUGAAAAGAACAAGGUUAACGCCAUAAAUAAUUUGGCCAGUGCAGCUUGGGCCUUAGUUAAUAUUUUCAAGGGUGGCCAAGAGGGAAAUAAAAGAAAAUGUGAUGACAAACAAGAACAAGAACACAAACGGGCUCGAUCUCAGAGCAGUGAUGACGAUGACCAUAGUUUUGUAUUUUAAAACAAAAUCGCACUACUGGUU